AUGCAGAUUGCACUUUGGCAAUAUAUUGGCAAUGGCAUUGGUUUAGGUUACGGCCCAACGAUUGCCACUGAAUAUGAGCUCGGCUGUGGACCCGCAAUAGCUGCUGAUGUCCCUUACGGUCCCGGCUUAGCCCCAGGUCUUGGAUACGGAUACGGUCUUGCAGGCCCAGGGGUAUUUACUGCUCCUACUGCCUAUGCUGCUGGACCGGCGUAUGGAGGUGCUGGCAUUGGGGACGUAGCGGUGGGUGGUGAGAUGCCAGUCACUGGCACAACUCUUCUGGCUGGCCAAGUGCCGAUACUUGGAGCCGUGCAAUUCGGUGGUGAGGUUCCAGCAGGUGGAAUAGUAUCAAUAGCUGGACGCUGUCAUGUGGGUUCACAGGAUCUUCAUUUGGAACACUACUGCGGCCCGGUAUACUAUCACGGUCUCGCAGAAAGAGGUUACAGCCCUCCACGCUGCAUCUCCAACAUCGUCGACAUGACUGCUGACAAAGAGAGGUUUCAUCCAAUAUGGGUUACCAGGACAUUCCGCUCCGUCUCCCAUGCA